GGAACGUCUUCUCCAGAAAAGAAAAACAGUAGUCUAUUUUUUUGGACAAAUGAUGUUAUAUGUACGAAAAUAGAAAAGUGAUCUUAAAAUUGGUAACCCUGAUAACCAGAAGAAACAAACCCGUAGAAUUGAAAAAGAAUUUGCCACAUCAACCUAGUAGCAACACAAAAGAGAUCUAAUUGUAAUUGUUAAAAGCAUAAAAGAACAGUGAAGAAAAGCAGCUGCUGGUACAUGAUGGAUUAAAAGAAUAUUAAAUGAGCCUUUUGAAGACAGUGAAACUCAAUGAAACAUUGGUGAAUAGAAUUGUGAAUUGGUGAAUUGACUUUAUCUGCUUGGAGUACUUAGACUUUAGGACUUGGAUUUCAACUGGUACAUCGUAGUCUAUUAUCCAGAAUCAUUAAUGAGCAUAUUAUUAACAUUUUCAUACCUGAGCUUCCCUUUUGAAUAGUAAACUUGAAGGGACAAUAUCUGUAUUUGGGUGGAUUGCAAUAUCGUUUAGAAUAAACUGGAUACAAGAUGUCUGGUAUAAAGAACAAGGACGAGUCACCUGAAAUAUUCAAUUUAGUUUCUGAAGCAGAGAAGGAGAAAAAAGAAAAAUGUAACAAUAGAAGAAACCUUGCCGCAUUCUGGCUUUUUGGAUUGUGCAAUAAUUUAUCGUAUGUGAUAAUGUUAAGUGCAGCAUAUGAUAUACUCGAGCCUAAACCUGGCCCAAAUGGCCCUAACGCAACUACACCAGCUCCUGAACAUAACGGGACAACAAUGCCUGGAGAUAUCAUGCUUGAAGACGUGAUGGCAUCAAAUAGGACUCCUUUGAUAGCGCAUUGCAAUCCAGCGGGGACUGGUGUUAUUCUCCUAGCUGAUAUCUUGCCGUGUUUGUUCAUUAAAAUGCUCGCACCAUUCUUCAUGCAAAAAAUACCAUACAGCAUUCGUGUACUUAUCACGAUUAUAUUUUCUGCAGCUGCGUUUAUCAUCGUCGCACUGUCCAAAGUCAUUUGGUUCAGCAUUGUUGGCGUUGUUUGCGCUAGUAUUAGUACAGGAUUUGGUGAAAUUACAUUCCUUAGUCUUGCCUCCCAUUUUUCUGCAAACACGAUUUCAACUUGGUCUUCGGGGACUGGAGGGGCUGGUGUAGGGGGAGCACUGUUAUAUGCAGGCCUUACAAAUAUUGGACUUUCACCCCGAAAUACAGUCUUGCUUAUGCUCAUCUUUACUGUUACCUUGGGUUUCGCAUAUUUUUGGCUAUUGAUACAUCCAAAAACAAUCACCCAGAAAUUAGAGAAAAAGAACACAGAUGCUGACAUUAAUGCUGAAGUUGAUAGCGAUGACAGUUCUCCACUAAUCACUGAUGAGAAGGAGGCCCAAGUGAGAUGUGAGCAUACACUGAAGGAAAAACUGGUGUUGAUAUUGCCACUAUUGCAAUAUAUGAUACCAUUGGGAUUAGUGUACACGUUUGAGUACUUCAUAAACCAAACACUCUAUGAGUUAUUGUACUUUCCAAAUACUUUCCUCGUACAGCGUGAACAGUAUAGGUGGUACCAAGUCAUUUAUCAAAUUGGCGUCCUGAUAUCGCGAUCAUCAGUAAAUUGCUUCCACACAGAGAAAAUAUGGAUUUUCCCGAUAUUCCAAGGGAUUACACUUAUAGUUCUCCUCUGUCAGGUUCUCUAUCAGUUCAUGCCGAGUAUUUGGAUCGUAUUUUGUAUCAUAUUAUUGGAGGGUUUAUUUGGUGGUGCAGGGUAUGUGAAUACAUUCUAUACAAUCAUUAGAAAGGUAAAGGUUGAAGAAAGGGAGUAUAGUAUGGGAGUUGCAAGUGUAUCUGAUUCUUGUGGAAUUGUCAUUGCGGCACUCUCCUCUGUGCCUGUCCAUAACUUCCUUUGCUCUCUCUAUAAAUGAUCAAUUAUUUGAUUUUCCAUAUAUUUUUGCACUCUUUUCUCUUAAACCAAUCAUUGAAAAAAUUCUAAAAAUUUGAU